UGGAUACAUCGUUUCUUCCAGGCAAGUCCGAAGUGCAUAAUGAAUGUUGAUAGUUACAAACUGUGUGAGGCAAUCCUUCCAACAACUUACAUACAGCAAGGAAGAGAUGCCAAACAGGUACGCGAAAACAAGAUUCGUGUAUUACUCGAGAAACAGAAAUGGCCAGAAGAAGGCUGGGAUGAUACCACCAUUGAGUUGAUGCUAAGUGAGCUUGCUCUAAUGGACAGCAACAAUUUCCCUAGCAACUGUGGUGUCGGUGAACGGGAGGCAAGAAUAGCUUCAUCUCUGGUGGCUAAAAGGCAUUUCAGACUUGGUCAUGGUAUUGGAAGGUCAGGUGACAUCACGGCAGUGCAACCCAAAGCAGCCGGAUCAAGUAUUCUGAUGAAGUUAACAAAUUCAAUGAUGCUAGAUGUACUCAGAAUAUCAGGAAUCAGAAGUACAACUACCUGUUUCAUUGUUCCCACGGCAACUGGAAUGGCAUUAGUUCUGUGCUUGCUAGCAUUGAGGCAACAGCGCCCCCAGGGGAAAUAUGUUAUAUGGCCACGUAUUGAUCAGAAGUCAUGCUUUAAAGCUAUAAUCACUGCCGGUUAUCAACCAGUAGUAAUCGAGAACAUCUUAGAGGGAGAUGAACUUAGAACCAAUAUACCAGAAAUUGAGAAAAAAAUAGAUGAACUUGGGGCUCAGAAUAUUGCCUGUGUUUAUUCAACAACAACCUGUUUUGCUCCAAGAGUUCCAGAUAAAUUGGAGGAGAUUGCAGGCAUUUGUAAGAAGAACAGUGUUCCGCACAUUAUCAAUAAUGCCUAUGGUGUUCAGCUUUCAAAGUGCACACACUUAAUUGAGCAAGCUGCAAGGACUGGUAGAGUUGAUGCUUAUGUACAAAGUUCAGACAAGAAUUUUCUUGUCCCUGUUGGGGGUGCUGUUAUUGCUGGUUUUGAUGAGGGGUUCAUCAAUAAAGUUGCACAAACUUAUCCUGGUCGUGCUUCAGGCACCCCCACGAUUGAUCUGUUCAUUACAUUGCUGUCUCUUGGGGUCAAAGGUUAUAAAGGACUUUUAGCUGAGAGGAAAAACUUAUUUGGUUACCUAGCAACAGAAUUAUCAAAGGUUGCAGAAGCUAAUGGUGAACGGGUGCUAUCAACUCCACACAACCCAAUAUCCAUGGCGAUGUCACUUAGCAACCUAGAAACACAAUCUGAUAAACCAAUCACACAUUUCGGUUCCAUGCUGUUCAAACGAAAUGUUUCUGGAACAAGAGUUGUUUCAAAGGGUACCAGUAAAGAAAUUGGUGGGAUCACCUUCAUGAAUUAUGGCUCUCAUUCAGACAACUACCCCUACACAUACAUCACCGCUGCAGCUGCUAUCGGAAUGACUUGCCAGGAUGUUGACCUAUUCAUUAAGCGCCUGCAAAAGGUUAUUGCAAAGUGGAAAAAUGAUGGAAAAGUUAAUGAAGUUGGAAAUUCAGUUGAAUAAAACUACAGGUGUCCCUCGCCAGUUAAAGACCACUUUUGGGACUAGGGUUUCCAUGGUCAUUACCAGCUUUGGUCCCAAUUAGAAUAACAAAGAUAAAUGAAAUUUGUUAAUCUGGGACCACAGAAAAGUGGUCUUCAAUUGGUUUUGUGCACAUACUUCAGUAAGAGUACUGCAGUAUCUCUCAAAAUAUUCUAGCAUGACAGCUGAAGAUGAUUAUUUUAUCAAGUAUCAAUGAAUACUUAUACAAGACAAACUACGUUUCUUUCAAUAGGGUUUUUAAU